AAAAUUUAAGCCCAUGGUUAAAACUCUUCUCUGCUUUUAGCUUUUGGCUUCUGUGUUCUCUCUCUUCCGCUCUCUAACAAAAAAGCAGAAGCACUUUCUCAAAUGGGGAUUUCGAACUUCCCGCCUGCAGUAGGGGGCGUGCUGCCAUUGCUAGUAAUGAACACAGUUUUUUCGGUGGCUCUGCUAAAGAACAUGGCGAGAUCUGUGCUCCAAGUGAUGGGUGCCAAUAUCAAUUCCCACACUUUCGACGAGAACCCUGAUGGGUGUCCUGAGGAAAUGUCUAGAGGGAGAAGAAUCUCAAUGACCCAGUUCAAAUCGUUCUGCAGAAACAGGGGACAAACAGAGUGCUGCGUCUGUCUCUGCGGGUUCGAAGCAGAGGAAGAAGUGAGCGAGUUGUCCUGCAAGCACUUCUUCCACAAAAGUUGUCUGGAAAAGUGGUUCGAGCACAACAACAGUACGACUUGCCCUCUCUGCCGCUCUGUUGACUAAAAAGAUAAGUUCUUUGUGCUAUGGAGUUUUGGGUUCAUCAGCUCUACUUUUUCUUGUUCUUGCGUAUAGUAUCCUGUUAUUUUUUCGCACAAAUUAGAGAAAGUUAAUUAAAAAUGUUUGCUUUCUGGUUUAAUUUAUGUUUGUACUUGUACCAAGAGGAUUAAAAAUAAAAAAUAAGGGAAGGGAGGCAUUGGAGCAUUGGAGAAUUGAAAAUUUUGAAGGUUUGGUAAUUUCUAUUGGCUCGUGUUUUCUGCCACCAAAUCUUCAAUCUGGAGCAGAAGAAAGUAUGGGACUCGGGAUUGGGAAUUGGACACGGAUAAAAUCAGUGUCAGAUAAUUUAUUAAAAAAAAAUAAGUGGGUGGAACACACGUCUUCAAAAAUUUCAGCAUGUUUAAUUUAUGCCAUUUGAGAAAGAGACACCAUUUAUUGGUUAGUGAAUAUUUUUAUAAAAAAAAG